AUGCAGACUUCAUCAAGCAACACAAAGAGGAAGCCGUGUAAGGACCAGGAGCAAAAGCAAAAGCUCACGGCCAAAAUUGCUUGUCGCGCGCGCCCCCUGUGCCGUCCGGCGCUGCCCGCACGGGAGAAGGGGGAGGUCACGCUCUCGCUCGCUCUCCCUCGCCGGCCGGGCGGCUCCUCCUCCUCCUCCUCCUCGCGGGCCGGGAUGUGGCGCGUGCUGGCGCGGCGCGUGGCCGCGUGGGGUGCGAGCGCCUCGGGGCGGCGCCGGGGCCGCGCCUGGCGGGGCUUGGCGGGGUGGGGGCAGCAGGGCCUCGCCCGCCCCUCCCGGUGGCCCCUCCCCGCGCCGCUGCCCCUCCGCAGCCCCCCCGCCCGCGCCUGGUGCAGCCACCCCCCGCACCAGAAGGUGCCUUUGCCCGCUCUCUCUCCGACCAUGCAGAUGGGAACGAUCGCCCGCUGGGAGAAAAAAGAAGGGGACAAGAUCAACGAGGGAGAUCUCAUAGCUGAGGUGGAGACAGACAAAGCGACAGUGGGGUUUGAGAGCCUUGAAGAGUGCUACCUGGCCAAGAUCCUGGUGCCAGAAGGAACACGGGACGUUCCCAUUGGAGCCGUCAUAUGCAUCACGGUGGACAAGCCAGAGCUUAUUGAUGCCUUCAAGAAUUUCGCCUUAGAUCCUGCAGCCCCCACAGCCUCAGUGCCUCCCCCUCCAGCAGCGGCAGCAGCUCCCCCUCCAGCAGCAGCGGCUCCCCCCACGCCACCACCAGCUCAGGCUCCGGGCAGCUCCUAUCCUCCCCACAUGCAGAUCGCUCUCCCCGCCCUUUCGCCAACCAUGACGAUGGGCACCGUUCAGAGAUGGGAGAAGAAGGUCGGCGAGAAGCUGAGCGAAGGAGACUUGUUGGCAGAAAUCGAGACUGACAAAGCAACGAUAGGCUUCGAAGUACAAGAAGAAGGCUAUCUGGCCAAAAUCUUGGUGGAGGAAGGAACGAGGGACGUCCCUUUGGGGACUCCGCUCUGUAUCAUCGUGGAGAAGGAGUCGGACAUCCCAGCGUUCGCUGACUACAGGGAUGCCGGAGUGGCUGACGUCAAACCCCCAACCCCAGGGCUGCCACCGAGCCCGGUGACAGCUCCUCCUUCACAGCCACCGUCCCCGUCGGCAGCCCCUGCUUCAGUUAAACUGAGCAUGCCCAAAGGCAGGGCGGUAGUCAGCCCGCUGGCAAAGAAGCUGGCGGCAGAGAGAGGAAUCGAUCUUUCCCAACUGAAAGGCACGGGACCAGAUGGGCGGAUCACAAAGAAAGACGUAGAAUCGUUUGUGCCAUCCAAGGUUGCCCCGGUCCGGGCACCCGAAGCAGCUCCCGUGGCUGCCCCGGUGGCAGCUCCUGCAGCAGCCCUUCCCACAGGCGCCUUCACAGAUGUCCCCAUCAGCAACAUCCGCAAGGUGAUCGCUCAGCGCUUGAUGCAGUCCAAGCAAACGAUACCUCAUUACUACCUCUCAAUUGAUAUAGACAUGGGAGAAAUACUGGUGCUAAGGAAAGAGCUCAACCAGGAGACGCCGGAGAAGGUUAAACUCUCUGUCAACGACUUCAUCAUUAAGGCUUCGGCGCUGGCUUGCAUGAAGGUGCCUGAAGCGAAUUCCUCUUGGCUGGACACGGUCAUUAGGCAGAAUCACGUGGUCGACGUCAGCGUCGCAGUCAGCACCCCGGUGGGGCUCAUAACUCCAAUUGUGUUCAACGCCCACAUCAAGGGACUGGCUGCCAUUAAUCAAGAUGUCGUCGCGUUGGCAGCCAAAGCCCGGGAGGGCAAGCUCCAGCCACAUGAAUUUCAGGGUGGAACUUUCACGGUCUCAAAUUUAGGGAUGUACGGCAUCAAGAACUUCUCCGCCAUCAUCAAUCCACCACAGGCUUGCAUUUUAGCGGUCGGCGCUUCUGAGAAACGGCUGGUGCCAGCAGAUAACGAAAAGGGGUUUGACGUGGCCAGCAUGAUGUCCGUGACCCUGAGCUGUGACCACCGCGUCGUGGACGGGGCCGUCGGAGCCCAGUGGCUCGCCGAGUUCAAGAAGUUCCUGGAGAAGCCGAACACCAUGUUGCUAUAAUUCCCCCUCUCCAAGCCAUCGGGACUGAUUUGGUCACAUCACUUCAUUCUAAAGAAAGCUAUUUAUAUAUCUAGCAUUUAGACUUUUAAACCAAAUGUUCCUUUCUUUAUUUUUUAAACAAAUAUAUAUAUAUAUAUGUAUAUAUAUAUACACAUACGGUUGCUGGUGAUUUUUAUUGCCAGCUGUACAGAUUUACUAGUUUGCACACACUUUCCAGAAGCGAGUACAACUAUGCUGUAUUUUGUACAGCGGAUGAGUUUGCAGACUUUUCCCCGUUACAGCGCACCGGCUGCACAAAAAUCAUGUGAGGAGCGUGUGCUUUCUAAUCAAAGGAACAAAGGCCCAGCCCGGCCCAGUGAUCCCGCGGCCUCUUUUGAGUUCUCAAAAGCAAGCGAGGUGGAUCUCAAAAAAGCUUUAAAAAGAACAAGGAGAUGCCUGAAAGGGGGGUGAUGGGUGAAGAAGUUGCCAAUCGAGCACGGGUAGUGGACCCUGCCUGGCCUUUCUGCUCUCCUGUCCUCUAGACUAGCAGAUAUUUAGGGAGGGCUGGAGCAGAAGAGGCCUCCUGUUGGUCCACAUUCCAGUUUAACUUUGGGAAUUCAACCUUUGUUUAGGUUUUUCUAGUCGAAGGAACCCUUUCAAAGCGCUUUAAUGCAAAAGGGAAUGAAUUGUACCGUCUACACUUUUUACUGCAAAAAUUUCAUUUGAACCGUUUCUGAAAGUCUGUCCCAUCUGGAGAACUUUCAAACUUCUACUCUUUUUUCCCCCAUCCAGUCCUUCAUUAAGUUCAGAAGAUGCUGUUUUACUCUUAAGCAAGAGAUGCAGUUCAGGGGAAUGGUGCAAUUCCAAAUAAGUGGUGUCACUUAUAUUCCCGCAUUUGGAUCUUCCCCCUCCCCCCAGGCAAGGUAAGAGAGGAAGUUCUGAUGGGUGUCGAGACUGAAGUCAGUACUGCAGGGCUCCCAUCUGGGCCGCUGACAUGAAUGUAAGGUCACAGGUCCUCUUGUUUAAAUCCACGACUGUGCUGCGGAGAAGCUCCUGGUUGGUUGGUUCUCAAUUGGCUGUAAUCCAGAGAAUGUUAGGUGUGCUCGUCUUCCUUUGAAAUGUCUGGGAUAAGUUCAGUGGUGGCCGAAGUCCCAGCUCCAGUUGGGGCCGCUCUCAUUCUGGAGACCAGAGAUGCUGCCGGGCCCUUUGGAAGCAGCAGAAUUUCUUUGGCCAUGUAAAUAGUGUAAAAAAAAAAAAUAUGGAGUGGCGAACAAUUAUUUCCUUUCCAGCUUGUGCCCAAAGGCAUCUAUCCCGGUGUCCUGUAGUGGGGGAAGGAUGUACAAGUGGGAAAUGCUCCCUUGGUUUGCGUUCCGAAAGAGGAUCAUGUGUAGCUGCCGAGUGACAUGACUUGGGGAGCGUAAACCGACCCUGGAAUUGUUCUGUACCAUCCUCUCAGUGCAUUAAGUAUUGUCUCUUGUAAAGUUGUGCUCCCAGAUCCACUAAAUAUUCAGAAAGCGGUUAUACUGUGGAGAUAAAAAAAAAUAUUUUUGUGAGACCACCUUAACAAUGUCGGGUGGUUUUUUUUUCCUUCCUGAUUUUGGUUGAAGUUAUGCCUAAAAUCCUUCAAUAAAGAAGCAGGUUGCACUAAAAAAUGAAUUUUAAAAAAAAUGUCCUUCGUUCCGAACGUGGCUUUUGUGUUCCAUUAAACGUUUGGAAUUGAUCAGCCUGCU